AGUCAUAGUUGAAACCCUGCAACUGAUGGGCAGGAGCUACCAUGCACCAUAAGGUUAACCUCCACCUAUAAAAUGGUCCAUUCUCAUUUAUGCAGCUUGGGUUAUGGGCUUGUCUUUUGACUGGAUAUUCAUGGUUAUCAUUCAGUGUUAACAGUGUGUUACGUGUGUAAUACUGUUUUAUGGUUUCCAAAUGAAUUUUAAAGUAUCCUACAUAUAGGGAAUUUGCAAUCUCCAUGAAGCAUAACAUCCUUGUGAAACAUCCAGUGAACACAGUAUGUAAUGGUGUGGAGCAGAUAAGUGUAAAAGGGAUGUGGUAAAGAGAUCUGUGAACUAAACCUCCUAAAGUCUGACACAUUGUAAAUGUUUAUUGCUUGAAGGAUGAGUGUCCCUUUGCUCUUACCUGCUUGACUUUGUCAUGUCUGGAUGACGCCCAGAUUCUAACUGUGGAUCCCUGCCCUCCAGAGUCAUUCUGUUCUAUAAACAUUCUAUGUACUCAAUCUCUAUUAGGUACUGGCAGUACUUCUGUGUACCUAAGUUUUAGAUGUCCUGAUUAUCUUGACAAACUGUGUGUCCUGAACUUAACUCUUUGCCUUCCACCUCAUAUCCAUUUCUCUUUCUGCCUCCCUGUGUGCUGAUGAGUAUACCAAGAGCACAGCUCCGAAUCAUCAAGUCCCUUACUAUGUGCCCUUGUUUUCUUUUUUUUUUUUUUCCUUGUUUUCUGAACAACCAAAAUUCCUUAAUCCCUUUCAGACAUGUCCAAAGUGUGGUCCCAGUGCAUCACUCCUGGUUUAUCUCCUGAUACCCUCACACACUGUCUGUCUCAGUCAGGAGAACCUCUCAUGAAUCCCCGUAUCAGUUCCAUGUUUUCCCAAUUUCCUUCAAAAUUUUCCUUUCAAAAAACAAAAGUUUUCCUUUUCUACUCUUUACUAGUUACUUCUCUUUCGAGACCUAGUUUAUAUGGUAAUUCUGGAGCCUUCUGGUUACUUCAGUUCAAGGAGUAAGGGUUCUUUCUUUGAAUUCACAUGUCACUUUAAUUUUAUCUUUUCUAUUGACAGAACUACUAACAUUUUUUCUCACCCCUAGUAGCUAAUGUAUAGUGUGCUUUCUGAAUUUAUUGAGUGAAAUAAUUUGUCCUACUGUAGACUAAAGUCGUAACAAAGAACUAGACUGAUGCAUGGGUAGGAUUUGGAGAGCAGAGAGGUGCAAACGUAAAUGAGUGGGUAAUGGAGUUAUGUGCACAGGCAAUGACUGCUAAUUUUCAAAGAACCGGGAUAUAAAUAAUUUAUUUUUUAAAAGUAUAAAAUUGAUUUGAUUAUUAGAAUGGUACUUUACAGUCUUGGAACACUUCUCAAGACUCAUGAAAAUUAGUGUCAACAACCAAAAAAAAAAAAAACACCAUUUGGUUAAUUUUAGUUUUCUGCUUGUUGGGUUGUUGGGAUUCUAACUUUUCGGGCUUCUCCAAUCACUUUUUCCCCCUUGCCUCAUGGUUGUAGUACUCCCUGAAGUAAACAAGAUUCCCUUUGAAAAGGAUCUUGAUUUAGUGGGAAGAGGACUGUAUUUGGAUCAAAAGGCAGAAGGUUCACAUACCAAGAUCAGCCCUGCCUAAUUCACAAGAAUGUUUUAAAGAUCAAAUAAAGUCUUGUGAAAGUGCUUAAAGAACUCUCUGUAACACUAUAUAAAUAUGAGGAAUGGUUAUUAAUCCCUGAUCUUACAGAGCUAGAGGAUGUAGGCAUUGGAAGUACCCUUAGUGAGUAUCUAGUCUGUGGGAAAGGCACUGUGGUAUAGUGGAGAAACAGUUUCUGAUAGUACACUGACUCAAAUCUAGCCAGACAUUUUGCUUCCUUUUGCCUUGAUUUGAGCCUCGUUUGUUUGAUCUAAUAUAUGGGGGAUCAUAGUAUGUACCACACACGGUGGUUGUGUGGGUUCAGUAAUGUAUGUAAAUUGGCGCUCAUGCUUAGUCGCUGAGUCGUGUCCGACUCUGACCCCAUGGACUGUAGCCUGUCAGGCUCCUUCUGUCCAUGGGAUUCUCCAGGCAACAGUACUGGAGUAGGUUGCCCUGUCCCCCUCCAGGGGCUUAUCCUGACCCAAGGAUCGAACUUAGGUCUCUUGUGUCUCCUGCAUCACAGGCGGAUUCUUCACUGCCGAGUCAUUGGGAAAACUGUGUAAGCCAUAGUAUGUGCUUAGCUUAAUAAAAUAUCAAAAUCCCUUCCAGUGAUGAGCAGUGUUGGUGCUUCCCUCUCAUGAUGGAAGUCCCAGCCACUUCUCUUAAGCAUAAUUUCUUGCCUCCAUAUUCUGGAGUUUGAUUCCUUCUGGAAGAGCAGGAGUAAGAAAGGGACACUUGUGUACUCUUGGUUUUUGUUGGUCUAAUUUGUUGGGCCUUCUUGCACAGGGUGCCCUGAUAGUAGGCACAGUUGCCUCAACAGAUCUUGGGAAUCUGCCAUCACAGGAAAAGCCUAGAGACCCUGCUGCAGUUGUCUGACCAGAGUCCACACAUGGAUAAAGCUUUGUCAGGAAAAACGGCUGUCCAAGGCCCCCAUAGUGUACUCUACCUGAGCACGUGUCAAGGCCUGCCAUGACCUCCUGAGCACCUGGCUUGGUCCCCAAGUAAAGGUUAUUGGAGCAUGAAGUCUGGAUCAGCUCAUUCAGACACAAACCACAGGUGAGAGCUGAAGCAGCUCAAAUGCUCCAUGAGCAGGAGGAAGCCGUGGGACGACGGGGAGGGACCCCACAGAGAACAGAGCCUUGUCAGCAUCGGAAACCACAGGAAACCAGCUGAUCACUGGCCUGUCUGCCUCUGCUGGGAUUGGCUGCCCCUUACUUCUCCGCUGGAGCACCCGCUGUCUACUGGCCUCCCGCAUGGUAAGGAUGGCAGUUUCACUGGAAGGUCUGCCCAGAUUCCUCACCAUACCCAGCCGGCCCCCCACCUCUCCCCAAAGCCUUGGUGUGCUUGCUGCUGCCACUGUCCCCACUGCUGGUGUCUGCAUCUGGUGUCGGGUCCCUCGGGGCUUCAGUGGGGUUGGCUCCACCUCCUAGUGCAGAAAUCCGAAAAGUCUUACAAGUUCUGGCUCUGUAGGAGACACAGGAUGCCAGCGUCUGCUCAGAGGAAGUUGCUGAGUAGCUGCUGCCUGUCUGAGAAGGGCCAUCACAACUCCAGCCUCUCCCCAGAUAGCUCCCACAAGGGGCUACGCUCCAAAAGAACCCAGCCGGUGGAUCCAGAGGCAGGGGAAGGUCUCUCCAGAUCCGGCUCACAAAAGCUUGGAGGACCUGAGUUCUCCUUUGACUUGCUGCCUGAGACAAGGGCUAUUCAAGUGACCAUUCCUCCAGGCCCAGAGGUCAGUGUGCGUCUUUGUCACCAGUGGGCACUGGAGUGUGAGGACCUGAGCCAUCCCUUUGAUGCCCAGAAAAUUGUGCCUGGGAGCCACACUGUAGAUCUGCCUUAUGAAUUCCUUCUGCCCUGUCUGUGUAUCGAGGCAUCCUACCUGCAAGAGGACACCGUGAGGCGCAAAAAAUGUCCCUUCCAGGGCCAGCCUGAAGCCUAUGGCUCAGACUUCUGGGAGUCAAUGAACUUCACUGACCACAGCCAGCACAUUAAGAUGGUCAUGGCCGUGACACUCCGCUGCCCACUGAAGCUGGAGGCCUCCCUGUGCCAGAGGCGGGGCUGGCCCACCCUCUGCGAAGACCUCCCCAAUGCCAUGGCUCAAGAGUCAGAGGGGUGGUACGUCGUAGAGAAAGUGGACUUGCAUCCCCAGCUCUGCUUCAAGUUCUCUUUUGGAAACAGCAGCCACGUUGAAUGCCCCCAUCGGACAUUCGCUCCAUCCUGGAAUGUGAGCAUGGAUACCCAGGCCCAGCAGGUGGUCCUUCACUUCUCUUCAAGGACACAUGUCACCUUCAGUGCUGCCUGGAACCACCCAGGCUUGGGGCAGGACAGCGUGGUGCCCCCCGUGUACAGCGUCAGCCAGACUCAGGGCUCAACCCCAGUGACCCUAGACCUCAUCGUUCCCUUCCUGAGGCCAGGAGGCUGUGUCCUGGUGUGGAGGUCAGAUGUCCAGUUUGCCUGGAAGCGCCUCUUGUGUCCAGAUGUCUCUCACAGACGCCUGGGGCUCUUGAUCCUGGCACUGCUGGCCUUCACCACUCUACUGGGAGUUGUUUUGGUUCUCACGUGCCGGCGUCCACUGUCAGGCCCUGAACGAGCGCCGCCGGUGCUGCUGCUGCACGUGGCGGAGUCUGAGGCGCAGCGGCGCCUGGUGGGAGCACUUGCUGAACUGUUGCGAGCCGCGCUGGGCGGCGGGCGCGACGUGAUCGUGGACCUUUGGGAGGGCACACGGGUGGCACGCGUGGGCCCCCUGCCGUGGCUCUGGGCGGCUCGGGCACGUGUGGCGCGGGAGCGGGGCACCGUGGUUCUUCUGUGGAGCAGCGCCGGCCCCAGCCCCACGGGCGGCCCGGAUCCUCGCGCUGCGCCCCUGCGCGCCCUGCUUCGCACCGCCCCGCGCCCGCUGCUGCUGCUGGUUUACUUUAGUCGUCUCUGCGCCAAGGGCGACAUUCCCCCGCCCCUGCGCGCCCUGCCCCGCUACCGCCUGCUGCACGACUUGCCGCGCCUGCUGCGCGCCCUGGACGCUCGGGCUUCUACUGAAGCCACCACCCGGGGCCGCUUCGUCGCCCAGCCGCGCCUGCGGGGUCGCGUGGAGCUGUGCCGCAGGCUGGAACUGGAGGCCGCCAAACUUGCCGACCAAGGCUGAACAGAGCUCAGCGCAGUCAGGAUGUCUGUGACUGCAGGCCUAGGGGCACUGGCUGGAACCCCCUCACUCAGCGUCCCCGCCCACUCCCCACGUUUCCCCAGUGUCCAACCUCUUCCUCCUGCUCAUGCUUCCUCAGAACCCUCAGGGAGAGUCUCUUUUUACAGAGAACGCCCUUGACCUCAGUCCUGUGGUGGGUGGGGAUCAUCACACUUCCUCUCUCCACAAGUUCCAGAGAAUAGUGCACGUAGGCUCCAGUCCACACCAGAGAGCUUAGGGCUUGGGGAGGCAUGAGAGAUGUUAGUUCUGACUGGGAGGCGCCUCCAGACGAGUGCGGGCGGAGUGGGGGGGGUGGGGUGCGGUGGAGAGGGCAGAACACCCCUUUGGGGCUAAGGAUCCGCCUUUUUCAGAAGGGGGCCCUGCCCACAGUUGGAGGGAGGGAGGGCUCUGGACCCAGGGAAAGAGAUGAAUAAAAGAAAACAUGAUGGGUAAGCUAAGAAACACAAGGUGCCUCUUCAGUGUGCCCAGGGUGCUGAGCUGGGGGAAGGGUCAGCAUUACCCUACCCAGGGGUGGUUAUACAUCAUUCUGUGGGCCCAGAUCCUCUGUGUCCACAUUCACAUCCACGUCUGUCACGUUCUCACAAGCAGUGCCUCUGAAAAGGCAAAGAGGAAUCUGGAGAUCUUGAUCCUCACUGUGAUUCUUCAGAGAGAAUAAAGGAAAACAGGUGAUGUGGGUC